ACGUUACAAAGAGUGGGAGUAUUUAAUGAAGUACCAGCUCAUUACCAAAACAGAACAUUCUUUGGUGCUUUGGGCCCGAAAAAAACAAAUCGAGCUAAAAUGUCUCGGAAACAGACAGCGAAAACUGUGAGGACCAAUAAAAAGAGUGAACUUGAGCGCAAGAGGGAUGAACGAGCAGCACGCCGUGCCAUUGCAAAAGACAGAAAGAACCGCCCUCAGGAUAACGAUGAAGGGGCCGAGUACGUCAGCUUCUCCAAUCAGCUCCAAGCGCUCGGGCUCAAGCUGAGAGAGGUCCCAGGUGACGGGAACUGUCUGUUCAGGGCUCUGGGUGACCAGUUAGAGGGGCAUUCACGGGGUCAUCUGCAGCUUCGCCAGGAGACCGUCCAGUACAUGAUGUCCCAUCGACAAGACUUUGAGCCUUUCGUAGAAGAUGAUGUACCUUUUCCACAGCACUUGUCUAACCUCGCUCAGCCUGGUACCUUUGCUGGAAAUGACGCUAUCGUAGCUUUUGCUCGCAGUCAGCAAGUGAAAGUGGUCAUUCAUCAGCUAAACGCUCCGCUUUGGGAGAUAAAUGGUGCUGAGAAGCAGGUGUGCAGAGAGUUACACAUCGCCUACCGAUACGGGGAUCACUAUGAUAGUGUGAGGCGGAUUGGAGACAACUCUGAGAGUCCUGCACAGCUUCGCAUUGAGAUGCUGCAGAACUCACAAGGCGAGCAGCGUGAGUUUGGAGACGGUCAGAGGGACAGACAGAAAAAACCCUCGCCGACAGAAUGCGAAGACGAAAACGUGAUCCUCAACUCCAUCAAGAAUAGAGGAAUCCAGGGUGGAGAGGAGAACCUGCUCCAGCUAAGUGCAGCAACAAUAAAUUCUGAAUGGCUAGCAGGCUCUUUGCUUGGCCAUCCUUGCCAGGGCAAAUGCACAUCAGGGUCCUGUUCAGCCUGCAGAGCUGGAGCCACAGACUGCAGCGAGUUGAACCAGCCAGGAGAGGGCAGCAAUGUUCAAAAACUCAAGCUGUCGAGCAAACAGAGAAAAGAGCAGCAGCGGCAGGAGAAGAAGAAGCGCCAAGAGGAGAGGCAUCGACAGAAGUUUCUUCAGAGCAAAGGAGGCCAUGACCAGAACCAGAACCUGCCAGAGGCUGUGACUCUAGUACCAGCUCUGAACACUCUCAGUAUAUAGACCGGGCCAUGGCCAAAACUGCUACUUUUGCUACCAGUGGCUGUCCAGUUUUGCACAGUUGAAAUCAGUGAUUCUUUCACAGGGAAUGUUUGUUUUUUGUUGUUAUUUUUUCCUAAAGAAAACUCCAGUUUCUUUGCAAACAGGAUGACGGUGCCUGCAAACCUGUGUGAGUGAAACGUAUGAAAGUUGUUAGAGAAAACGUUACAGAACACGAGUAUCUGUGUUUCUGCUGGAGUCUGACGAAUUUCUGUUCUGUUUGUGUAUUUAGAACUGAUCUACCUUAUAGUCUGCCUCUCUCCUUUCUGUGCUGGACAGCUGGCUUCCAAUGACCAACAUGCAGAUAAUCUGUUUCUAUUGACCUUAAACUGAGCUGACAGGACUUCAGACCAUCCAGUUUGUGAUCAAAGAGGGAGAAGGUGACAUUGGAAGGAAUGUGGCAAUACUUGUUAAUAAAUGACAAUUUACUGAUACUAGUGUAAGAUGUUACAUUUAAACCACUAAAUCACUUCUAUUUUUCAAAGUGACCUUCUGUUUUAAUCUUCAAGCAUUUAAAGUUUAGCCAUUUUACUCACAAAACGGGAACUCUGUUUUACAAAUCAAUUGUGAUUUCAUAAAGAAACUUCUUUAGCCACAAUCUGUUUUGCUAAACGUUGCUAAUUUCAUGAAAGUGGGGACAUCUUGGUUACAGGCUUCCUGUUUCUAAUGCUUCUUUGUUAGGAUGGUGCAUCUUCACACAAACUAUUUCAUUCAUGUUUAAGAGCGUUUUAUUCUUGGAUGAUUCAUAGGUCAGGUUCUAGUUCACAUUUUGAUUUGAUUGGUACAUUAAAUUAUAUUUCUGCAGUAAAGACUUU